CAUCGAAACUCUUCAUCGAUUCCCAACACCGGCAAAACCCUCGCCGCCGCCAUGGAUCCCGACGAGAGCUCCGCUGCUCUCCUCGCCGCCCCUUUCCCAAACCCUAACCCUACUCCGAAGAAGAAGCCACUGCCGAAGCGCUUCGUGAAGUCCCAGAUUCCUGACUUCCUCCUCUCGGACCCCGCCCUCAAUACCGCCAUCGCCGUCCUCCCCCGCAACUACGAAUUCGAGAUCCACAAGACCCUCCACCGCAUCACUACCUCCUCUGCUCGCCGUGUUGUCCUCCAGCUCCCCGAUGGCCUCCUCAUGUACUCCCUCGCCAUCGCCGAUAUCAUCCGAACCUUCUCCCCCCACCCCGUCGAUGUCUCCGUCCUUGGUGAUCCAACCUAUGGCGCCUGCUGCGUCGAUGACCUCGCUGCCUCCGCUCUCUCCGCCGACCUCCUCGUCCACUACGGCCACUCCUGCCUUGUCCCCGUCACCACCUCCCGCGUUCCCGCCCUCUACGUCUUCGUCGACAUCCGAAUCGACGUCUCCCGCCUCGUCUCCGCCGUGAAAUCCACCUUCCAGCCUUCCUCCCGCCUCGCUCUUGCAGGCACCGUCCAGUUCAUCUCCGCCGUUCAUGCCGCCAGAUCGGUCCUAUCCGAUGAUGGGUACGACAUCACCGUCCCCCAGGCUAAGCCCCUCUCCGCCGGAGAAGUCCUCGGUUGCACAUCCCCUACGAUCCCAAAGUCAAAAGGGAUCGAAGCUGUCGUCUUCGUCGCCGACGGUCGAUUCCAUCUCGAGGCGUUCAUGAUCGCGAACCCUGGAAUCAAAGCAUAUCGAUAUGAUCCGUUCCUGGGUGUUCUGGUCUUGGAGAAGUAUGAUCACGAGGGUAUGAAGAACGCUAGAAAAGCUUCCAUCUUGGAAGCGCGGAAGGCUAAGAAUUGGGGGGUUAUACUUGGAACGCUUGGGAGGCAAGGGAACACCAAGGUUUUGGAUAGAGUGACAGGGAUGAUGGAUGAGAGGGAUAUAGACUACACUGUGGUGAUGAUGUCGGAGAUAUCUCCGGCGAGGAUAGCAUUGUUUGCCGAGUCUGUGGAUGCUUGGGUGCAGAUUGCUUGCCCAAGGUUGUCCAUUGAUUGGGGAGAGGGGUUCAAGAAGCCAUUGUUAACCACCUUUGAGUUUGAGAUUGCUUUGGGAUUGAUUCCAGGUUGGUGGGAGAGAAGGAGAACAGCUGAGUUGAAGACUUCUGAUUGCAAUGAGACUGUGAGGAAGGAGUGUUGUUCAGGAUCAGAUGGAUGUGGGAGUGUUUCAUGUGGUUUUGAUUGCGAUGAAGCAACGGAUUAUCCCAUGGAUUAUUAUGCACAAGAUGGAGGGGAAUGGAACAGUGCUUAUUCGAAGAAGAAAGCUUCUAAUGGGGCAAUGAGACGACACAAUGGAGUUGCAUUGGGAUCGAGGAAUACUAAAAGUGAAGUGAAUCAAUAGAAUGCCAAGGCAUAGCUAGGCUUCCGUUUCUACAUUUACCAUUCAAGUGACAUUGACAAGGUCUUCCUCCUUGUGUAUCAACAAUUUAUGUGCUUCUAGAAUAAUAAGAAGGUCACAGUCCAGCGCAUUCUUAUUAUUGAUCAAAGUAAUAUUUAUUGGAGGUGCCUAAACAAGUAAUGAGAAUCACUGGUGGCUCACUCCGACUAGCUCACUGAAAUUUGGCAAAGUAGCUCAAUUUUCCUGUUUAAGCAUCAAGACUCAGAUUAGGUUUUCUCUCUUGUAGUAUUAGUAAGGUAUUGAUCUGUAAUAUAAUGUCACGUUUGUAAGGCAACAUUUUUGCCUUCUUUGAUGUCAAUUAAAUUCAAUGCUUUCCUUUGUUGUUCACUGAAUUAAAGUUCAUAUAUUCCCUGAUA